CUAGAGGGCACAUUGCGGAGUUGAACACACAGCCAGGCGGGGAUUCCGAGCAUGAGCACUUCAGCGCCGACUUAAACAGAGUAAGGACUGCUUUUUGGACUCUGCUGACACACCGCUGGACCAGACGACUUCUUACGGACACGAUCCCUGACCCACUUUGGUGUCAGUAGACGAAGCGCGUUUUUCACACGCAGGUUCUCGUGUGGCCCAGUCUGAGAGCACAAGAGCAGAACGACAACACAGAACCCCUGGGACCUUGUGACAGACAUCCAAAGUAUUCAGCGGCAUGGAACACUUCGCCGGGGUAGUAAAGAGGAUUUGCUGACUCCUCUCCGGCUGUGUGUCUUUGCUCAAAAAGUUGGCUUGUCACAGAAACACAGAAAAGAAUUCCAGCUGGAUUGCUGUGUGAUGGAAUUUCUGACAUCCAAUGCUUCAGUCUGUAAAACUUAAAAGUCGAAGUAUCAGGUUCCUUUUUAGGAAUUAGGGCUCUUCAUCUAUGGCACAACAAUCAAUAAGACGUUUUCAGUAGUCGUCCACAACCACACAAGGGGUGCCUAAUAUUGAACAUGACUCAUGGGGAGGAACCUGGCCCUGAGACACACCAGGAUUCUGUUGUUUUAACUUAUCUGGAAGGUUUACUAAUGCAUCCGGUUGCAUCUGGGCCUGGUGCCACGGCAACAAGGAGACCGGAGGCUGGCAGCAACAAUGGUGAGGCAGGAAACCAAGGGACCAGAGGCAUUCAGCUACCUAAUCACGGCUCUAGCCCACCAGAAAAAGGAAGCCCUCCAGGAGCGGCCUCCCAGAACCUUAAAAAGGCCAGACUGUUGCGUUCAGGUACCUGGAGUGAGAUAAACAACCAGAAAAAAGACCCUGCUGCAGUGCAGGUGAACGGACAGGGCAAAGAGCACCAUAAAAUAAGUCUGGAUAAUUCGGCACAGGGAGAGAGCACACUUCUGGCUUCUCUGCUCCAGUCCUUCAGCUCACGACUGCAGACAGUAGCCAUGUCACAGAGCAUCACUCAGAGCCACAAACAGCUAGAUGGAGAGAGCAGUGACAGAUCACCUACUGACAAGGACACCUUACAGGGCUACUGUACAGCCUCUAGCCGCCUCAAAGGCCUGAUAAGGAAAAACAAGCAACAGAGCCACAACACUGUGCCUUACAGUCGUCGCAAUAGCCAAGACCGACGCUCAGAGUCUCCUCGUUCAUCACAGAGCUCAGUGCCUGACAGAGUGUCCUGUGCAGAGAGAUUGAAGGCUGUGGCCAGUCUAGUAAAGAGCAGGUCCAGUCCUGUUCCUUCUCCUAAACCCAGUGUGGCAUGCAGUCAGUUAGCAUUGCUGCUCUCCAGUGAAGCCCAUCUGCAGCAAUAUUCCCAGGAACAGGCCUUAAAAGCACAACUGUGUAGCCGAUCAGCCAGCGAGAGACUGGCAGCCAUGGCUACACACCAAACUAAAGACAAUAGACCACCCAGCAUGGGAGAGUCUGUGUUUGGUCCAGACAUGUCAAGCCCUUUUAACACCCUAAAUGGAACACUCCCUUCACCAACAUUAAAUUGCAGCCAGAGAACCCCUUCUUUGAGCCUAGGUCAAAGUGCGCCCACCAGCUCCCCUCGGCCCUCUCCUCACACUCCUAAAGAGAAGCGUCCAUUUGACAGGCACAGCAGCCGGCCCCCACAAAACUGCAGCAGCUUGCUUCUGCUCCUCCUCAACAACCACAACUCCCAGAAGCAUCUCACUAAGAAUGGCCACCUGGAAGAUGACUUCACCUCUCCUCAGAGCCAAGCCUCUUCUCAUCAGUCUGACAGUGAGUGCUCCAACCCAGAAAACAGCUUGACCAAAGACAGUAGUGAUGCAGAGAGCUGCUACUCCAGCUGCUCCCCUAUUGACCUCUCCAUGAGGAGCCGAGUUUCCAGCCAAAAGUCUGAGCCGCCCUCCUCAGUCUCAUCUUUAGACAAGCUCACAGAGACGCUUAUAAGCAAGUGGAAGUCAGAGACUCUUGGGGCAAAGGUACCUGAAGCCAGGGAGUUGGAAAUGAGCCCAGACAUGACAUCUCACCAUAAGGUUACCCUCAUGCAGUUACUGUUGGAUCGCAGAAAUAAUGAGAUGGUAAACAAAAUUGCACCUUACCCUGAUUUGCAGGAGGAUGCCAGCCAUCAAAACAUGACUGGAAGCCCACUUAAACGGCUUGGAACUCUGGAGGAGAGCAGAACACAAAACCCUUUUGACCAGCUGAUGGGCGCGGGUCUGUCCACAUCUUCUGUCAGUGGAGAUACAAGCAAGACUCCUUCUCCUUUCUAUUAUUCUUCACCCCUUGUUCAGUCCAGUCCUCUGAACCUAUGUAAGUCUAAACAUCACACCAGUGAAAAGAUAGUGGAACCUGCUUUCACAGCCAGUAAAUUAUUACAAAAUCUAGCUCAAUGUGGUUUGCAGAAUGUAUCUCCCUCACCUCCUCUGCAAUCCUGUAGGCCACAGAGCAAAAGGCAAAGCCCAGAGCCUGAGCUAGAUCAAUCUCAGACUUUUCUGGAUAGGGUUGCUGUUCCAGUGAAAAGGAGCAAACCCCCUUUAUUUGAGUCACCACCUGCCACUUUCUCACCCUUUUCUGGACCAGAGCGCUCACCACCAGCAUCGACACAAAUUGAAAAUCUCCUGGAGAGACGGACUGUGCUGCAACUUCUGCUUGGCACUGCUUCCCACAAGGAGAAAUCCAGCGGGAGGAGAAGCACAGAGGUGGCUAUGGGAGUCCAUGAAAAGUCUCCAGGGGCUUAUUCUUUAUGUGACAGCUCAGACGGACCUUCAUUGAACGUCAUGGUCAAAACAGAGCCAAGAGAUGAAAGUCUUCUUUCAGUCAGCACUGACAAUGCCGGACGCCAUUGGAGAUUGGGUCAUGAAAGUCACAGCCCCGUCAUUGAAGCACACAGCAAUGUUAAAGAAGAAGCUAAAUACGGACUUCUCAGCCAGCUCUUGAAACAGAAGACAACUACCUAUCAUUCAAGUCCAUGCACAGAGCAGAUUGUGAGCACAGUGAAAGAGGAGCAACAGGAUUAUCAGGUGCCUCUUCCCAAAAAGAGGAAACUUUGCUUGGAGUUGGCUGAACACCUCAGUAAAGAACUUUGCCAGAGACCAUUGGAAACUGUGAGUGAGAGUAUGGUGUCUGAUACACCUGAGGCCCACAAUAGCAGAAGGCUGCCAAGCCCAAAAGUUGAUGACUUGUUCAUCAAGAGUCCUGCGAGUAAAGCUCCCAUGAGAGACAGCCAAAGCUUCAAUGUUUUGAAGCAGCUCCUUUUGUCAGACAACUGUCUGAAGGAGAUAUCUCAACCCCAGGGGACAGCUAGUUCUUUUCUCCCUCAGGCAAAUUGCAAAGCCAACGGGAACUUCAGUCACUCCAGUUACAAUCAUGAACUUAUGAACUUUCCGUGGUUUCCCCAGACUCUUAACUCAGGGCCUGGUCAUUUUAACUCGCUUUCCUCUUCACCAGGAAACAGCAUCCAGGGAUCCUCUUGGGAUAAGGGCACAUCCCCCAGACCCAGUCCCAAACCUGUGAAGAAAGAAACAGAAAGCUCACUAAGGUGGACACUGGCUGGGGAGGAUAAAUGUGAAUCCAGCCCUGAUUCUCCACCUCUAAUGAGGUCUAAUCCUAUACUGUACUAUAUGCUUCAACAGAGGAACAGUCAGCUCAGAAGGGAGGUGGAGGAUCAUGCGCAGAGGACGCACUGCGGGGUUACAGUGAAAGUAGAGCCAUGUGCCGAUGAUCGGUACCAUGAUGCCAGAAUAAGUACGAUUUCUCCAGUUCAGAUACAGAGACAAGGCAAUGGAGGUGAACACCUUAGUGAGCUGUUUGAAAAACCAUAGAUCCGAACUGCCAAAGAAUGAUAAUGACACAUUUUGAGAAAGGAGUGUGUUUCGUUUUUGUUUUGUAACAAAGUGCAAACCAUGUAAUGCUGACCACUUGUUGUUUCACUUUAAUGAAUGCUGUAAUGACAGCCACAUUACACAUUACAGACUGAGUGUGUUACGUUUACGCAAUUUGACGUGUCACAUUUCUUUUCAAUGCAUACGUCCGUACGCCAUUUUUCUGAAGUUUGUACAGGUCCUGUUUCAAUCUGAUUCUUUGCCCUUUUUAUAUUAUAAAACCCUUGUGGAAAGUAAAUCAUAUAUAUAUAUAUAUAUAUAUAUAUAUAUAUGACUAUGAAAAUGUUACCAUUGCAUUUAACUUUAUAUUUAUGUCCGUAUAUGUCCCUAUUUUUUGAAGCACAAUGAUAUAUUAGAUGCAUGUGUUCCAUCUGAGCAUCACGUCUCCACAAUAAAGGUUGAAAGAAAUAUUGCAGUUUAUUAAUAGUUGAAGUUUAUGAAUGAUCAGGUAUGUCUCAUGUUGUCUACCUGAAUAAUUGUGCCACAAACUCUAUCCCAGUAGGAAUGACAGUGAUAUCUCUCUCUCUCUCUCUCUUACACUCUCUCUCUCUCUCUCUCUCUCUCUCUCUCUCUCUCUCUCUCACACUCACACACACACACACACACACACACAUUUGUUGAAUUGAUUUACAAUGCUUUAAUUUUUACAUCAGGAAUGACUCUAUAGGUGUUGUCAGGUGUUUGGCAUGAAUAAAGAAAACUCAUAUUUUUUAGCUGUCGAGAAUAUCUUUUUACGGUUUUGUAUCAUUCAUUGUUUUGUACUUUCUAUACACAUACAUGUAGCAGUUCACAGUUUUGCGGUGUCAGUUAUGCUAAUUUUUUUCCCCAAAGAUGUGAGUAAAGGUUUGACUGGGAGAUUUCUGUUUCUUUAUACUGUGUGUGUGUAUAUAUAUAUAUAUAUAUAUAUAUAUAUAUAUAUAUAUAUAUAUAUAUAUAUAUAUAUAUAUAUAUAUAUAUAUAUAUUAAGAAAUGUUCAAUCAUAGAAGGAUAGCAUGUGAAGCUGAGAGUACUGUGAAAAAAAAAAAGUUUGAUCCAUACUCCAAUUAAAUAUGAAUUUUAAGAAAUUGUCACACAAACUAUUUUAUUCCUUUGUCUGUAUGUAGAUACAUUUGGAUUUGAUAAAAUUUGUGUAAAUAGUGCUUUCAUGAUGAAAUAUUACUAUUUUGUAUUGUUGAAAAAGCCCUAGUUUUUAUCGUCUUGGAUUGUAAAUAGAAUAUCUGUCUAAUAAUGUACAUAAAUCUACAGAAAAUGAGUUUUUUUUUUUUUUGCAUGUCUCUAUGUUGUGAGCUAACAAUAAUCUUCGCUCUUUGUUCUGCAAGCCGUCGUGUUAUGUCUUAUCUCUACACCGCUGCCUGUUGCAUGCACAUGCAUGGGAAGCACCUGCGUAUCAGUACCUGGAAUGGGAAAUGUCAAGUCUUAAACAAAUUUUUUCUAAUUGUUUUAUUUUUGUUUUUUGUUUAUCACGAAUAGAUGGUUAUUUAAAGCAUCACAUUUGACGAGACAAACAUAUUGGUUUGUAUUUUUUAUUUUUCUUUGUGUGAAUUCCUGUUCUGUUACUCUUUAACACAUUUCUCUGAGUUGGAUUGAGUUGCUGUGCAUUCAGAUAUGCAUUUGUAGCAAAAAAAACAACAAAAAAAAUCAGUUUCAUUUAUGAUCUUCUUGUGACAACCAUGAUGUUUUACAUUUUUUAUUACUUUCUGGUGUUUAUUUGCACUGAUAUGAAUAAAUAUUGAAAUGCACAAGA